CUUCGCGUGCCGCUUAAUCCUCCGCGGCUUCCGUAAGGUGUCGUGGCGCUUGUGGAGUCACGAAGGGGAAAGUACAGCGGUUCUAAAUAGGAAGAUAAGCACAUAUUUGUUACAUUACUUUCAGUGCAUUACUGCAGUGAUCGUAUAUCAUAUAAAGGUUUCCAGCUGAUAAUGAGGCGUGCGGGUUUGGGUGAGGGCGGCCCUCCAGGCAAUUAUGUUGCAAGUGGACACAGCUUGUAUGAGGAGGAGAAUGAACAUCUACAGGAGGAAAUGAGAGCUAAAGUAAAUGCACUUAAACAUAUUUCAGUUGACAUUGGAAAUGAAAUCAAGUACCAGAAUAAAAUGUUGGGAGAAAUGGACUCGGACUUCGACUCAACUGGAGGUCUGCUGGGAGCCACCAUAGGUAGACUGAAGCUCAUCUCCAGGGGAAGCCAAACUAAGGUGCAUUGCUACAUGCUGCUGUUUGCUCUGUUUGUUUUUAUUGUCCUGUACUGGGUCAUCAAACUGAGGUGAUCAUAGGACUGAUGAGAAUCUUCAGGACCUUUCUUACGUGCCGUGCUUAUUUGGGGGAGAGGGUCAAAAUCCUCACAGUGAUGAUGAGGACUGAGGUAAUUGAGGAGUACAAGAGAGCAUUCUUUCCUCUUUCCAUUGGACAAGAAUUUGAACCAUUGAGUGAUAAUGUGCAAUAUGAGACAAAACUCUGUCCUAACCCACCAAAGUUGGUGUCCCCUCAAUGCAGGGAUGAUGCUAAUUGUCUAAUACUGGUCACAAUAAUAUGUUAGAGAUUAACAACUUGCAUCUUUCCUUCUUUUAUUCAAAAAUAAUGACCUUUGUGAUAUGAUUAUUAUUUUUGGAGAACUUCAGUGCUAUAAAUGUGCUGAUUUAUAUCUUUUAUAAGGAUACCGAUUAAAUAAAUUUAAGAGAGAGGCAUGCAACAGCGCAGUAGUCCUUUAAUCAUAUAGUUGGAAAUGAAAUGAAUGGGUUGUAAAAAUAACAUCAAAACCUAAUCAGCCUGUAUUUUCCUCUCUUUUACUGUGCAAAUCUUCACAACAUCCGUGAAACAGCUGCCACAAUGUGAAUAUAGUGUUCAAAGGGGGUGCUCUUCAGACUGUGAAAACCAAACUGAGAUAUGUGUGUUUAUGUUCAAUGCAGAUGUGUAACAACCAUAUCAAAAACCACGCCAGAAUUGUGUACUUCAGAAAUGUCUUUAGUAAUUUUGAAGUUCUUGUUCAACCCUUCUGCUCUAUAUGGUUAACAUAAUGCAUGGUUUAUUCAGUUUUUUAGAAACGAAUUUGUAAAUAAAUGUCAUUUUUGAGAGAAUUAUUACAUAAAAA